AUUCAUUUUAGUUAUAACACAGAAUAUUUAUCACAAUCCAUGUAUUCAUCAUUGAGUUGUUUUUUUUUAGAAUUAUCAUUGUUGUCAACCGAGUUUUUUUUAUAAGUAUUUUUCUCAUUAAAUUAGGUUAACCUCUGAUGACGAUGAUGAUGAUGAUGAUUGUAUACAUGAAUGCUGUUCGUCACUUCAUCGUCAUUUUCAAGAAUGGAUUUUGUUAAAUUUGAUUGGAUUCAUUUUUUGUGAUCAAUUUUGUUGAUUUUAAUUUGAUUGUUAAAAACCUGGAAUAAAUAAAAAGAAACAAUUAGUAUGAACAGAAUGGAUGUUAACCACCUUCACCACCACCACCAUCAUCAUCAUCAUAUUCAUAAUAAUCAUCUUUCAUCCAACAAUCAGUAUCAUUAUGGUCCUCAUUCAGUGAAUCAUUUGUUAAUUUCGACAUCAAAUCAUCCAGUUCAACAUUCGACUAACAGAUUAAACGAUUUGGUACUACACGAUAAUGGAGACAAUAAUUAUUCGCUAUUAACUUGCAAAUCUGCCAAUAAUCAGACAGCUAUCCGAAAUCUUCGCUUAAAAAUGCAUGAAAUUCAUUUGGCCUAUAUCAAUAGCGAUCAAUGUGAAGCUAAAAUGAAAUUACGAAAACGAUUGGAAAGUUUAAUCGAUGAAUAUCUAAUGAUUGUACGACAUACAGAUAAAUUUACAUUCAGAGAAUUUCGUGAUUGUUUAGAAACCACUUGUAAAAAAUCAAAUUUUGACCCAGAAAAAGUUAUCGCAGCUUUUGAAUUAGUAGAACGAUAUGCUCUCAAUCUGCUGAAUUAUCCAUGGCGUCAUGAAUAUCAUAAAAUAUUUGCCUUUGGAUACUUUCGACUAAUCAAAUGUUCUUUAUCCGGACAUUCUGAAUUGUUGCAAUUAAUUGGCUAUAAUUAUGAUCCAUCAUUGGAUAUUUAUGUCUUGACCGAAAUGCCCAUUGAUCCGGAUAAAAUGAUUGCCAUUUCGUUUGAUUGUUUAGUUUCAAUUGUGGAGAUACAAAUCAUGUUGGACAUCAAGACCAAAUGUCCAGAUAAAAUGUCCUGGAAUGAUAUUUAUUCCAUUAGGUGCCAAUAUAUUUGUAAUGUGCAAAGUGCCGUACAGAUUUUUUGUGAUCUAAAACGUAACAACAAAUUAACUGAACUGAGUUUAGAUCUGGAUUUUCCCGAUUAUUCAAUGAAAACAUUUAAUAAACUUGACCUGUGGUUACCGAUAAAUUCCACCAUUUGUUCGACAUCAAAAGACAAUAGUCCACAACAUAAUAAAUUGAGUCCCGAAAUCAUUUUACCACCACCGCCCAGCUAUCUGGAAAGUGAUUUAGAUAUGAUUGAUUUCAUCGAUUCAUCAACACCAAAGCAGAACGAACAAACUAGUUUUAAAACCAAAAGUAAUACUGAAUAUGUCUGUCAUACGGCCUUUAUAGACGAUUUGAAAUCUACAAAUACGGCAACUCGAAGAAUAAUAUCAGGAAAUUUGAAGCCAAACAAUUCUGACUCACAACAAACAAAUUCUCCAUCAAAUCCAAACUCUUCUUUUUUGUAUCGUUCGUCACCAAAAGACAACGAUAUUAAUCCUACUAAGCGAUCAAUUUCAAAAGAAAAUCUAUUAAAUAACCAUAAACAGCUAAUUGAACUUGAAGAAGACAAUAAUUUCCAACCAUUGCAUCCUGAACCAACCAAAUCAAUUAUGUCCAAUGGAUGGUCAUGUACAUCCUGUACAUAUGUUAACGAUGAAAUUGUCGAAAUAUGCAUAAUGUGUCAUCGUAGUCGAACAAAAGGCAAUGAAUCCACACCAUUGAUUACUGGUGGUCGACAAUGUAAUAAAUGUACAUUGGUCAAUGAUAAAAAAGAAAAAUUCUGCACAGCAUGUGGAACAUCGUUGGCCGAUUCACCGACAUACAUUUGAUAUGAAUGUCUUGAAAAAAAAGACGACAAAAAAAACUACUAGUUGCUGUGAUAAAAAAAAUGCAUUAAUGUUUAAUCACUGAAUUUGAGUUUAUUAAUAUAUAUUGAUGAUUUAUAAUUCAAUUAUUUGUUAAACAUGAGUAUGUGUAUUUGUUUCCGGUUAACCAUCAAAAAAAAAGUUUCUUUGAUGAAAAUAAAAUAAUAGCCCAAUUAA